UCAAAUCCACCACCUCCACCACUCCCACCGCCGCCGCAAAGCGACGGGAGGCGAUGGCCGGCGCGGGCUCCUCCUCAGGCGGGUCGGGCGGCGGCGGGGGCGGCGGCAGGGAGGGCGACUGGGACUGCGGCGGCUGCGGCAACCGCAACUACGCCUUCCGCUCCCUCUGCAACCGCUGCAAGCAGCCGCGCCUCCUCGUCGACCCCCACACCCCGCGCGAUUCCAAGUGGCUCCCCCGCGCCGGCGACUGGAUCUGCAACGGUUGCAGUAACAAUAAUUAUGCAUCCAGAAAGAACUGCAAAAAGUGCGGCCUGCCCAAGGAGGAAGCGGCCAUGCCAGCAAUGGGGGGGCUGCUGCCAUCUUAUGCAGAUUAUAUGGCUAGGGUGCAGCAGAUUGAGAAUGCUGGCUACAAGAUGAACUUUGGGAUGCCUGGCAAUACAGCUCUGCAGCAGCAGCUGCUUGCUCAUGCAAACUGGCAGUAUGGGAUGGCUGGUAGAUACGGUAUGCAAUCUUCUGCCUGGCAAUUUGGAGGCAACACCACAAAUCAGUUUCAAGGUGGUGCUCCAAAAGACUGGCGUGAUGGGGACUGGCUCUGUAGCUGUGGAUUUCACAACUAUUCAUCUCGUACUCAGUGCAAAGAGUGUAAUGCACCUGUCCCAUCAGGCAUGGCCUCUACAACAAUGAAAACCACAGGACCAGAUACUUCUUCCACACUAGGUAAUAAGCGUUUGGCAUCAGAAGAGCUGGCUAAUGACUGGGAUAAUAAAAGGCUUAAUCCAGGAAAUGCUGAUUAUCCACUUUCAAUGGCAGGCUCAGACAGAGCUGGACAGACGGCUUAUUCGGGGUAUGACAAUGGGCACACAACGGCAUUACCCUCUGGCCAAAUUUCAGUGAUGCCUGGUGUUGGACAAGGAGCAAAAUGGCGCGAAGGGGACUGGCUGUGCAGCAACUGCAACAAUCAUAAUUAUGCAUCUCGUUCAUUCUGCAACAGGUGCAAAUCUCAGAAGGAAUCUUCAGUUCAUCCUGGCGCGCUGUAGCUUACUUGUGCAUUUUGCCACCGCGGUUAUUCAAGUAUUGGAGAUUCCUUAGCUCUGCUGCAAGCUGAUUAGUAGCUGGGCCACCAGGAUUGUUGUUUGUUUGGGGUUUUGUCUGAAAGUCUAAUAUUGCUUAUUGAAGUUUGCUUUUGUUUAUGUCUAGAAUAAAAUGUUUUUUCAUGUAUGUUCAAGUGUACCAUUGAGUUGUUGGAACAGUUUGUUACUCUAAGUACCCAGACAGAUAUACUAUCCAGACAGAUACGACGGAAAUGUAAUGUAAUGCUUGAUUUAUUUCCAAGUGUU